AUACAUAUGUUAAGUGGUGAUUUGCUGCUGGUUUACACUGGUCACAAUCUGUUUUGUAGUUUCUUGAAAUGAGCUCCCCUCAGAAUGCCUUAAGCUGGGUAUAUUUACUCAAAUAUGUAACUGAUUUACCAGGGCAUCUUAAUGACACCACACCUGGCCGGUUCAAAGCUGUAACUCCUCCAGGCUUCUUCACUUCCAAGAUCAGCUUUACAUUAACCAGGAGUACCGUGUGUUUAGCCACUGACGGACUAAACCUAGGAGCAUACUGCUGGCUUGUGAUUUGUUCCCUGUUUUUAAUUGACUCUUGGAUAUAGUGAAUCAAAGAAUUAUCCUUAUUCUAGACUCCGAACACAGAAUCCAGCUUAAUGAAUUGCUGGUGGACCCUUCAAUUAACAAAAAGGUUUUCAUGUCGCAAAAUGAUAACACAAUAAGAAACGUAUCGGUAGUUGAAAGCUCUGAGCGGCGACAGAAGGAACCAAUAAAAGCAAUGGCUACAGCAGCUGACGCACUGGGAAGUAUAGCUAUCGAUGCUUCACACCUCACCAUGUCAGUCACAGAUCCAACAGCUUGGGCAACCGCUAUGAAUAACCUCGGAAUGGUCCCCGUGGGGCUUGCUGGACAGCAGCUUGUGUCAGAUUCCAUUUGUGUACCGGGCUUUGAUCCAAACUUGAGCAUGAUGACUGGAAUAACUCCAAUCAAUCCAAUGAUGGCCAGCAUGGGUUUAUUACCUCCACCUCCUUUACCCAUUGUCAAGGAAAUCAUUCACUGCAAAAGCUGCACUCUUUUUCCUCCUAAUCCCAAUUUACCCCCACCGUCUACAAGAGAGCGACCUCCAGGCUGUAAAACUGUAUUUGUUGGCGGAUUACCCGAAAAUGCAACAGACGAGAUUAUUCAAGAGGUCUUUGAGCAAUGCGGAGAUAUUACAGCAAUUCGCAAAAGCAAGAAGAAUUUCUGUCACAUUCGAUUUUCAGAAGAGUUCAUGGUUGAUAAAGCUAUUUACCUCUCUGGUUACCGAAUGAGAUUAGGAUCCAGCACGGACAAAAAGGACUCAGGCCGUUUGCAUGUUGAUUUUGCACAAGCAAGAGAUGACUUUUAUGAAUGGGAAUGCAAACAGAGGAUGCUGGCAAGAGAAGAACGCCAUCGGCGCAAAUUAGAAGUUGAUAAACUACGGCCACCAUCCCCUCCUGCCAUCAUGCACUACUCUGAACACGAGGCCACAGUGCUGGCUGAGAAACUCAAAGAUGACAAUAAGUUUUCAGAGGCCACCGCGGUCCUUCUCACGUGGAUCGAGCGAGGAGAGGUAAAUCGAAGAUCCGCAAACCAGUUCUAUUCCAUGGUGCAGUCUGCAAACAGUCACGUUCGACGUCUUAUGAACGAGAAGGCUUCCCAUGAAGAAAAACUGGAGCAGGCCAAAGAGACGUUUAAAACCGCACUCCUGGGGAUUCUAACUCAAUUUGAGCAGAUUGUGGCCGUUUUCAACGCUUCCAGCAGACAAAAAGCAUGGGACCAUUUCUCGAAAGCUCAACGCAAGAAUAUUGACAUUUGGCGAAAGCAUUGUGAGGAACUCCGGAAUGCACAUAGUGAACAGCUCAUGGGUAUCCGCCGGGAGGAAGAAAUGGAAAUGUCGGAUGAUGACAGCAGUGACAUCCCAACUAAAAAAGUCAGAGUGGAAGACUCAGCUUUGGCAGCUCAGGCAUAUGCACUGAAAGAGGAGAAUGACAGUCUAAGGUGGCAGCUUGAUGCGUACAGAAAUGAGGUGGAACUUCUAAAACAAGAGAAGGGACAUCAUGGCCGAACAGAAGAAAGCCUAACCAAGGACCAACAGCUACAGUUUCUGCAGCAAACGGUGCAGAACAUGCAGCAGCAAUUAGUAGCAAUGCAGGAGGAGUUAAGCAACAAAAAGACUGAGCUGGAAAAAGCUAAGGAAGAGCAAACACAUGCGCAAGCCCUUGUCAAUGUUCUCAAAGAACAGCUUAAAGGAACCAAGGAGGUGUCAGAGUGCAACAACCAUGAUUAUCUCAUCAAGGAAAACGGUACAGUUAGCGUUGCGGUCUUCAACCAUGAUAAAGAGAAGGAUGCUGAGAAACAAAGGCAGUGUUUUAAAUCAGAGAAAGAAGCAUUGCUUAUAGGUAUUAUAUCAACAUUUCUCAAUGUCCAUCCCUUUGGCGCUAAUAUCGAAUACUUAUGGUCUUAUCUUCAACAGCUGGACUCACGGAUAUCGGCAAACGAAAUUGAGUCACUGCUUGUUAAGCUACCAAGAAUGUUCAAACAAGAAUUCACUGGUGUAGGAGCGACACUGGAAAAAAGAUGGAAGUUCUGUGCCUUUGAAGGAAUAAAGACUACCUGACAACAAAUGGGUUAAAAAGACAGAUGGCCAAAGUGCUGCAGCAUGGCGGAUGUAUGAAGUAUUAAGUAAACCACGGACAUCCUGCAAUGCCAAUGAAAUCUUUAGUUCUAUUUGUAAUGUGCCCUUGUGAGUGAUGAUGUCAUUGUGCGCCAGACUCUCUAUCCCCUAGAAUUGUAAUAAUCUUUGCUCUAGUCUAUACGGUAAAGAGAAAUAAAUUAUUAUAUUUUUAAUUUGAAUUUAGAUAGAUUUGAAAAUGUGUUCAUUGAUGGCUAGUAAGAAAAAUCUAUAGGAUGGUAGGGAAAUGCUGAAGUCUAAUCUAUUCAUAGUACUCACUAGACAUAGCCCUAAAAUAGUUUUGUAGUCGGAUUUCCAAAAGAAGAAAUACAGUUAAUAAAAAUAUAAGGACUGUGAUUUGGAAGAUGUGAUGUAGUAUCACAGUUACAUGUCAGUGAGCAAAGUAUGAAAA